AUCACUUUUUGUUUUGUUGGGAUAAAGUUGAGCGGUGGAUUUUGUAUGGAGCCGCCGAGUUCGAGAGCGGAGGAGCCUCCGUCAUGGGAGGACCUUUACAAAAUCAAUCUAAUGCCGUCGGAGCUAUUCCUCAAGUUCCGCAAAGAGCUUCAAGGCCUUCGUGUCGGCGUCAAUCUUGAGUUAUAUAACGAACCCACGAAUGAUUACCAUGCGAAGCUUGUUUUGAAGCCUCUAUGUCCAGAAAGGAAGUGGAAGUUUAUAUAUGAGCCGCUACACCAAGAAGUUCGUGUUCAAUCAAAGAAGAUUCCUGUCACCAGAUUUCUAAACCUCCAGGUUGGUGUUGGACAUAAUUUUCAAAUGAAUGCAAUUGGUUGGAAAUGGAAGCUUACCUCAUGUCUAGGUGGAGAUGGUAUAUCUCGGAUUCGAAACAAAACUACUCUUGGUCUUAGUCCUGGUAUCGAUUUCCGGUUUGGAUGGAGAGCUGAUUUUGUACUCCCAGAGGUUACUGGGGCCCUUGGGACUGAGGAACCAUUAUUCAACAUGAGCACCGGGCGUUUAGAGGCAUCACUGGACAGAGUAGAGGCCAUUAUAACCCAUUCAGAUUAUCUAUAACCAAUCCGUUUGUAGAUGGUUCCGAAAUGAUCAAAUGUAUUUUACUUUCAGAAAUGGAAUUAAAUUGCAAUGAAAGUA